AUGGUGGGGACGCUGGCGCUGCCCGAGGGGCCCGAGCCGCUGGACAGGAAGCGGCGCGGCGAGCGGGUGCUGGACAGCCCCGACUCCGGCCUGCCGCCCAGCCCCAGCCAGUGGCUGCUGGCCGCCGGCCCCGAGCGCGCUGCGCCCCCCGGGCUGCCCGAGUCGGACGCCGCGGGCCAGGCGCCGCCGAAUGCUGUGUUCUCCCCCAACCCGCUGCUCUCCAGCUGCCCUGCGAGGUUAUGCCCUUUAUCCUUUGGCGAAGGAGUUGAGUUUGACCCUCUGCCACCAAAGGAAAUAAGGUACACCUCCUCGGUGAAGUAUGACUCAGAGAAGCACUUCAUCGAUGAUGUCUAUAUGCCUGUGGGGUUAGGCAUUUCCUCGUGCAGCCAAACGGUUGUCUGCAUCCCUGAUUGCACAUGGCGCAGUUACAAAGCCGAGGUCCACUUUGAGCCUCGGAACAAGCCCCUGCGUUUCGCCAGCACCACCAUUGUCUACCCAAAGCACACCAAAACUGUGUACACCACCACUCUGGAUUACAACUGCAGGAAGUCCAUGCGGCGGUUCUUGUCCAGCAUAGAGCUGGAGUCUGCAGAAUACCCUGGGAAUGAUUACCUCCUGGAUGGCUGCUGACUGACACCUGUCUCUCUUGCUAUGAUCCAUCCUAGUUCCUUUCUACUGUACUGUACUAACUCUCCACUAGCUAAAGUGGGUAAAAAAACCUAAUUGCCCAGUCACUCUAAGGGAACCUUACCUGUCGCUACCUCUGACCCAGCUCAUAAAUUCAGCUUUAAGCGUCAAAAUGGCCUGCAUUUAAUU